GUGACGCGAGGACGUUCUGUGAGCAGAGCAGCGAGAGCAGCGGGAGCUCUUCACUCAUUUCUCGCUGUGAACGGCACACAGGAAACGAGCGUGCAGGCAGGCAACGGAUCGUGCGAGCAGGUAGUUUUUCCUGCGGUACCUAACGAUUCUUCGGUAAAGAUUGCAGUGGCUCUGUCACACAGUGAGCGCAAGCCUUCGAAAUCGUUUCUUUUUCUCGAUCGAUGGACCAGCAACGUAUUAACUCUUGAGCACACACGUCAACUAUCCGUUCCGCGUCUUGUAAUCGACGGAAAAAUUAGUGUACGAAAGACGAUUCGUCGUGUCGAUCGGAGAGAUUGGAAACGGAAUGUUCCAGCGAUCGGACGAACCAGCUGAUCGCGAAACCGUUUCACCGGUUUGAUGUACUUUGCUGUGUGGGAUUCGCUUUGUGCGCGUCGUGACGUGAAUAGAAAAGAGGAAGCGAGAAAGAGAGACAGUGAGAGGAGAGGAGACAGCUGAGAAGAGCACGCGCGUGAGGUAGCGUGAAAAGAAAAGUUUUUUUCGGGAAGCAGAGCUCGGGGAAGGGAAAGUAGAACAUUUUUCUUUCUUCGCGCGUUUGAAAACGCACACGAGUAUUCUUUCUCGUGAUUCCGGUUGCGCGCGGCGACCGUUUUAAUCUCGCGCGGCGCCGACACCUGCUACUGCAACAACCAACUGCGCGGGCGGUUUUGCCGCGGAACUUUCGUCGCGCCGCUGUGUACCGUCGCUACGUCGCGCGGGGGGUGCGCGGGGUGACAGCUUAAAGUUCACGAGCGCAAGGUGGGACGCGGAGUGCGCGGGCGCGCGCGCGUGCGAACAUAAAGGAGGAGGACAGAGAGAGAGAGAGAGAGAGAGAGAGGGACAGAAGAAGAAACACGAAACACUCGCUCUCCGAGAAAGUUUACUCGCGACGUGCCGGUCGCUCCGGAAAGAACACCUCAUUCCCUACGCGCUCGCUCCGCGUGCCAGAGGAAGCCGUCAAGCGGAAGCGAAGAAAGGAGACAGAAGAGGAAAUAAAGAGGGGAACGAGAGAGAGAGAGAGAGAGAGAGAGAGAGAGAGAGAGAGAGAGAAAGAGAGAGCACUCGUCGCCGUGUGCGCUCGUUUAUCGUCGUUGUCAACCCCCGCGCCUCUUUACCGCCUUUGUAUUCCCUCGUGAUCGUCGCUGUGCCUUCGGGUGGACGCUUAUGGCUCGCCAGUAGGAGGGAAAAACAGACGGAAGAGCGAAGGACAGAGAGACAGGAGGACAGAGAGGCGGACAGUCGGAUAGAGACCGGCGAGGCAGAUAUUUCCCGCUCCGCGAAGGGGGGUAGAGAGGGCACCCCGGAGAACUGAAUAUGUCCGCCAAGCGAAAGGCCACUGCCAUCAUGCAGCACCACAAGGAGAACAUCUCGACCCCGGAGCCCGCCGACAUAUCCGAGGACGAUCACUAUCCAAGCGCGCUUAUGAAAGAUCCGGAUAAGUUGAAGCUGAUGCUGCUCGCGUGGAAUUAUAAUCUCCAGGCACAGGCGCAGGCACAGGUCCAGGCUGCCAACGCGGCUCUCUCGCCGAAUAACUCGUCGACUACCACGGCUACAACUGUUGGCACACCAAUCACCAGCCAAUCAGCCAUUUCCACGGCAAACAACACUAUUAACAACUCCACGCUCACAGAUUCCCGAAACGGCUCGUCAGAACUGGUGGAUAUGCCAACGGGAACCGUUCCAAAUCUAAGCGCUGUCGCGGGCGCUGUAGGUGGCGAAGACAUGGCUUCCUUGUGGGCAUCCUACGCUAUGGGCUUCAAGAAAACGCCGCCACCAGCAUCGGCGGCAACGCCCUCGCGGUCGGAUCGCGAUCGAGAGUCCAGUCCGCCUGGUGGCGAGGGGACGGGAAGCGCCCACGAUGAAACCAGCAGUAGUGGCAAUAAGGAAGACGAGGACGAUGAUGAUAUAGACGCGGACGAGGGACUGGAUCCAAGACACCACGAUCCAGAACGUCUCAAGGCAUUCAACAUGUUCGUGAGACUUUUCGUCGACGAGAACCUGGAUCGCAUCGUGCCGAUCUCGAAGCAGCCGAAGGAGAAGAUACAAGCGAUCAUCGAUAGCUGCACGAGACAGUUUCCCGAGUUUGCUGAAAGGGCCAGGAAAAGGAUCCGUACGUACCUGAAGAGCUGCCGGAGAAACAAGCGUGGCAGGGAGGGCCCUUGGGAUGCCGCUAGACCCACGCCUGCACACUUGACCUCCGUGCAGGCCGAGCAGAUUUUGGCAACGGCUUGCGAGAACGAGAGCGACAACGCGAAACGUAUGAGACUCGGGAUGGAGCCGGUUUCGCAGCCCAUGCCAACUCUUCCGGCCGCAACGCAAACGGACGUUCGAUCAAGUUUGGAACAUUUCUCGAGCACACCGGUUAAAUCACUUCCGUGUAAGAGGGAAGAUACCCCUCCGGCAUCAUUAACGUCCCUGGCACCAUUGACCAGUUUGGCAAACUUACCGAACAGCACCAUUGCCUCCACGCCGCUGUCGAUCGCAUCCGCGUCAAAGCUGCUCACAACAGACAACAAGAGUCUCAUGAGCCAAUCGACGAUAGUCAGUUCCACGGUAAAUGGUGUCGCCAGUGGCGGUGCACCGACGAUGUACAGACCCAACUUCAGUCAAGCGUUCCAGCGUGCCGGACCCACAACGGUACCUCCGACUCUCUCGGCCGGGCUAUAUCCGACUCAAAGUUUUACGUCAAGUCUACUAAGCAACGGACCGACGGAUCUUAGCAUGAAGAACCCACCAAAGCCUGCUCUACUGAGUCACAAACUGAACUCGAUGGAACUGACCGCGGUGAAACAACUGAUAGGUGGAUAUCGAGAAUCAGCUGCCUUUCUGCUCAGAUCCGCCGACGAGCUGGAACAAUUGUUGCUCCAUCAACCAUAGAGCUACGUUUAUUUGGCCAGCGUUCGGCAGCUUGGCUCGUAGUUACAACGAUCGAUGGGAAAGCGAUGCGAGUAUUGAUAUACACACAGCGCCUGUGUGAGCAUCGAGAGUAACGCAGUCAGCAUAGAUUCGUUUCUUCAAGACCGUUUAUACCGCUACUCUAUCGGCAAUUCUGACUCUACAUACGAACUUAUCUUUUGCCACAAAAUGGUCCCACUUGGGCGAACUAAACGCAUUCGAUCCAAUAAGACUAGAGUGCAAGAUUAUAAUUUGUAUUUAAAUGAUUUAAAUGUGAAAAACUCAAAAAGUAUAAUAAUUUGAGAAUAAUUUAAGAAAUUAAUCCGAAUUACUUUUAUGAUUGUACGUAAGAAAAUUGUUUUCGACGAAAGUCGAGAGGCUAUAAUCGCGACGAAUUCAUACUGAAGAGUUUUUAUCGUUAUAUAUUGACUGCGUUCGGGGAGCGCGCUAUCAGCACUAUUUCUGCCAUAUUAUCUUUGUUUCACAUCUAAUAGACGAUGAAGAUAGAGUGACACAAAUAGCGCUAAUAGCGAUUCCCCGAACGCAGCCAUUGUUCGAUCGAAAGCGCCAAAAACAGAAGAGUUCCAUAUACAUAAUGAAUAAUUGCAUAUUUCAUUACAUGCGUCGUCGCGAUAUUUUUAAUUCUAGGAUUAAGAAAACUAUUCGAACAGGGUGUACAUAAAAAGAUAUUUACUUAAUUACUCAUAAGCUUAAAGAAUGAUGUGGCGAGCUAGGAUGUGUGCGCGAGUGUAAGGAAAAAAGUCGAAAAAGGAAGAAGCUUCCGGACAAGUCAUUUGGAAGCGUGUGCUAGUAUUUUCUAAUGGGGAUGAAAAAGUCCUGGAACUUCUUCUUUACGGCCGGGAGACGCACUUGCAUUUUUUCCUACUCAGAUUCGUAAGCUUCGAAAAAAACCGUUCGUGAGAGCUCCGUAAAUCUGUUGCAAGUAUCUACUUCAAUCGUUUCGAUGAUGGUCGAAAAAAAAGCUGUUGUAUGUUCUUACGAGACGAUAAUUUCGCUAAUCUGUUUGUUGUCGUUAUGUACAUAUGACGUAAAUGAUAUAUGAUGAGAAUAGUUACUCUCAUGCGUGAGAAAACGCGAUUAAUUUACAAUUAAACGCGACGGAAUCGCGCCAUUUACUUCGAGAGUGGCGUACAUCUGAAGGAUCAGUUCAAGAUACGAAAACAACGUGAUAAAAUUUGAAUUUUAGAGAGAUUAUCAAAUAUUAUUGAUUUUUCGCCAUUUUUGGAGCAAAUGGUGGAUCAGAUGAAGAUUUUACGACAGUCAUACGUGUAUAUAGAAAGAUAAUGCAUCCGCGCGCAUUGAUACGCGUGUAUAUAAUACGUAGGUCGUAAAACAAGAUUUUUUUAUUGGCGAUGCGUCAGAGGCCUCGUCUCUCAGUGGAAAUUAAUUAGCUAAUCAAUUAACAAUAAUUGUACAACGUCGUCGUAAUA